AUGAAUGCGGGAAAGCACGACACCGCAAUGGAGGGAUGCAGCCUGGAUGCCCAAAAGAGGUAUCAGAGUAACUUGUCACUGCGAGCCCGGCAUCUCCAAAGCAGUUCCCGUGCGCAAGAGAAGAAAUUGAACGACCUGUAUUUGCAGCUCAUGGGUUCUGACCGUGUUGCUGCAGAAAGUGCCGCAGGUUUUGAUGGCCUAGAGGCAGCACUCAAGAAGCGACAAAAUGACUUGGAGUGGCUGCUGCAGACCACGGAAUCUGCGAUUGCUCGUAAGCGAACCACUGCAGAUGUUGGUCCGGUCCGCUGA